AUGACGAAGCAACUAGUAUCGAAGACAGCGGUCUUAGGCGAGGAAAUGGCGUCGAGAACGAAGGCCGUGGGUGCAGAAUUCGUGUCCAGAUCUGAAGCGGUGCGGGAAACGCUGAGAGGAACGGCUGCGGUAGUCUCGGGCGAGAUCAAGGGAAAAACAGCGAACCUUGCGGGGGGGAUGGUGUCGAAGACAGCGAAUAUCGCGGGGGAGAUGGUGUCGAAAACGACGCAAUUCAAGGAAGCCCUGAAGACCUCGCUCACCUCUCUAGGGAGCCGUCCGCAAGCCACCAGCACGAAGAUUGACGUUGACGUUGCAGAAGACGACUGCACCGAGAGCACCGACGUCUUGGCGCCUCUGCAGAGUCCGUCGAAGCACCGUCAGGCCCGGACGAGGCCCCGGGGCAACGCGUAUCCUUCCCUCUGGUCCGACGUUGACCGUCUCCUUCCAAGCGAUCCCCCCGCCAGUGAUCCUAGCCCAGAGACAGGCGAUGAGGAGGAAUCGGACGGCACACAUUCGACACGUGCCAUCUUAACUCCUGACCAAUCAGAGCCUUCGAUUGCACCCGAUCAGCUUCCAAUCGGCUUCACGCUCCCCAGCACGCACGUGCCUGAGAUGAACGGCCCAGAUCAUCCUGAGUCAGUGGGCGUUGACAGUGGAGGAGAGGGGUUUGUGGUUCCUCGGUUGGGGCACGAGGAGCACGGGGCGGGAGAAGGGGAUGCGGGCAAGAAGGGGCAGGGGAGGGGUGAGAGUAGGCGCGCGCAGGAGGAGGAGUUCAGCAUGAACCUGUGGCUCAUGGGGAGCGGCAACGGGGGAAGCAGCACCACCAGCAGCACCGCCGGGUGGUUUCCCGCGAGCAGCUCGCAGACGCAGGUCACUCUUGCUGCCCCGGGCUGCGUGCUCGCCCCCUCCUGGAGCAUCAGCGGAUUCUCAAACACCCAAUCGCAAGGAGGUGCGGCGGGGAAGGAAAGGGAGGGGAGGGCAGGAGCGGAGGCUGAGGUAGGAGGGGGUGGUAGCAGCGGAGGGGGAGCAGAGGGGGGGGAUGACGCAGCAGAAGGGUGGCACCCCACGCCUCCCGCGGUGGUGCAGAGCCCGUUCGGAGUUUCCGCGCACCUAGAGGGGCCAGAACCGGGGCAAGCGGAGGAGGGCGGGGACAUGGAUCGGGUGUGGGAGGAGCUGUACGUGCAGAGGGAGUGUGCGUCACAGCCGUCCUCCCCCAAAGAGUCGAGAGGCGCGCUGCCCGCCAUCAAGCGCCUACUGGUCGUGCGCAGGGAGUCAGUGCAGCGCUCAGACAGCCGUGACAGCCUGGCCAGCACUGACAGCCGCAGCAGCAUCUCACGCCAUGCCACACUCGGGAAUGACGGCUGGCAGCAGCUGGACAUGGCGGGUGGGGAGGGGGACGUACCACGGCAGCGGCGGCGGCGGCGGAGGCGGCAUUCGAUGGACUCGAUCCACCUGGAGGCGGCGGGGUUGAAGCAGAGAGCAGCGAGCGAGCUCGCCAUGCACCGCUCGCCGCCGUCGCCGUUAAGCCCGUCCUCGCAAGGCCCCUCCCUGCGCGCUGCAGAGGGCGCCCAUGCAGGGUGGCACGGGCAGCCGGGUGUGAGGAGUGGAAGGCCGAUUCCAGUGGCUCGUCCCGUCCCGUCGCCGCUACAGCCGCCCUCUCCUCGCCUGCCGGCGGUGCGAUCUUCUCCGCUCAUGAGCUACGAGCACCCAGUCCCCUCCGCUAAAGCAGUUCCCACCAUCAAUGCAGGUGCCUCAGCCAGUGCAGUCCCCUAG